UAUCGCCGUUGCUGCGGGUGCUUGAACACAGGCGAGCCAAGAUGGCAGAGUACCUGGCAUCCAUUUUUGGGACAGAGAAAGAUAAGGUCAACUGCUCUUUUUAUUUCAAAAUUGGUGCCUGCCGACAUGGCGACCGCUGCUCCAGAUUACACAAUAAACCAACAUUCAGCCAGACAAUUGCCCUCCUGAACAUUUACCGGAACCCUCAGAACAGUGCCCAGUCUGCUGAUGGGCUGACCUGUGCCAUCAGUGACAUGGAGAUGCAGGAGCACUAUGAUGAGUUUUUUGAGGAGGUCUUCACAGAGAUGGAAGAAAAGUAUGGCGAGGUGGAGGAAAUGAACGUAUGUGACAACCUUGGGGACCAUCUAGUGGGAAAUGUGUAUGUGAAGUUCCGUUAUGAAGAGGACGCUGAGAAGGCCGUGAUAGACCUGAAUAACCGGUGGUUUAAUGGACAGCCAAUCCAUGCUGAGCUCUCCCCUGUCACAGACUUCAGAGAAGCCUGCUGUCGCCAAUAUGAGAUGGGGGAAUGCACUCGUGGUGGCUUCUGUAACUUCAUGCAUCUGAAGCCCAUCUCACGUGAACUGAGGAGAGAGCUCUAUGGGCGUCGGAGGAAGAGCCGCCACAGGUCCCGGUCUCGAUCGAGAGAGAGGCGAUCUCGCUCGAGGGACAGAGGUCGAGGAGGUGGAGGUGGCCGUGACCACGAGAGACGUCGCUCCCGAGACAGAGAGCGUUCAGGACGGUUCUGAACCACAAGCCAUGACUACUUGUCCUUCCCUCCCGGUAUCCAUCCCCAGUCUUUUUUUUUUUUUUUUUUUUUAAGUUUGUACCCUUCCAGGUCUAUUCAAGGACUGACUGAGAGGUACCUGAUUUUGAAGCUGUGACAGCAUUGAUGAACUUGUCUGUUCUUGAUUUCUGAAAAUGACUUUCACCUCAUUAAAUUUAACAUUUUUACUUAA